AGCUGUCAGUCGUCAGGUCUCUUAUUGGAUGAUUAAUCAUUGAUCGUGGAAAAAGGGGUCCCGGUCCCAAUAUACGCCUUCGAGAAUCCCGAAAUUCGUUUAGUGAAACCCUAGUAAACAUCGGGGACCAAAGAAAUUCUAAUAAAAACAACCGGUUUUAGUGAAAUUUUACCUUAACAAGUAGGUCGAGUUUCCAGAUAGGGCUUUACACAAGGCUGACCCCAUCCACUCUGCAAUCCUGUGACUUCUAUUUGAUAAGUGAAACGAACUGUGUUAUCCUGUAUGUUUUUAACACUUUUUUCGAUACCGUGCAUUAAAUUUAUAUAAAAAAACGGUAUUAUAAUUAUAUUUAGAUCGGUGUUUUACAGCCCAACCGGACGACUAUCAUUCAUAUGGCUGUGCUCUAGUGACAUUUUUCCAAUAAGGCGCAUAAGGUCAAGGAAAACCGUUCAAUUUUCCUUAUAAUCGGCUAAAACUUUAUCAAAAUUACGAGAAAAGACGAGAAAAUGAGCCGCGGUGGUAGUGUGGGGGCCAGGGUGCAGGUUCCCGAUGAACUUAGAGAGGUGCUGUUGGAGUUUACAAUAAGUUAUCUCCUGGAACAACCCGGAGAUGUUGUCUCUUAUGCUGCUGAUUAUUUCGCUAAAUUAAAGGAGGCUAGAUGUAGUGCUUUGAUGUUUGACGGGGCAGGCCCUUCGGAGAUGAUAUCUCCUGAUGAGAGCACUUUAUCCAGAGAAGAAGAGCCUCCAAUAAAUCGAUUCCAGAACCGUCGAAAAUCGGUAUUCGCGGAAACGUACGAUCCGGAAGAGGACGAGGACGACGACGGCACCCGAACGAUUUUCCCGAAGUCGGACGAGCAGCGUCAGCGACUGUCCGAAGCUGUCCGAAACAUUUUGCUGUUCCGUUCGUUAGAAAAGGAGCAAAUGAACGAGGUAUUGGACGCAAUGUUUGAAAGGAAAGUGGCCGCCGGAGAGCUGGUUAUCAAACAGGGGGAUGAUGGAGAUAACUUUUAUGUUGUUCAGAGUGGCAUCUUCCAGGCGAUCGUCCAAAAAGAACCCAACCAGGAACCGUUACACAUCCACACUUACGAAAACAAAGGGAGUUUCGGUGAGUUGGCCCUUUUAUACAACAUGCCAAGGGCCGCGACAAUUAAGGCGGUCACCGAAGGAUCCUUGUGGGCCAUGGAUCGUCAAACGUUCAGACGUAUUUUGUUAAAAUCCGCUUUCAAGAAGAGGAAGAUGUACGAGGCUCUUAUCGAGAGCGUGCCGAUGCUUAAGGCGCUGCAGCCUUACGAGAGGAUGAACUUGGCCGACGCUUUGGUUCCUAGGACGUUCGGGCCUGGCGAAAGAAUAAUAAAACAGGGUGACGCGGCUGACGGCAUGUACUUCGUAGAAAACGGAGAAGUAGUGAUCAGCGUUUUCGACGAUAGCGGUAAGCAAAUCGAGAUAAAUCGCGUCAAUAAGGGAGGAUACUUUGGCGAACUCGCGUUGGUCACCCAUAGACCGCGUGCCGCGUCCGCUUACGCCGACGGAGAUGUGAAAUUAGCAUUUUUGGACGUCGAAGCAUUCGAACGUCUCCUCGGUCCGUGCAUGGAGAUCAUGAAACGCAACAUCACCGACUACGAGGACCAAAUGCUCAAGAUCUUCGGCUCGAAGCAGAACAUCAAAGAAUUACGAUGAAAGACCAACGUUAGCGGUCCGUAUUAAGCAGUCGAUGCCCACAUAAUGGCGCGCAAUCCCCCCCUCAAGUUGUUUUCAAGUUAAGCUUUCUCGUUUCGUUAGGCGUGGGGUCGUAGACGUGGCAGCUCGACGCGUCCCUGAUUGGUCGCCGUGCGCGUCCUUUUUUUUUUGCGUUUUUUUUUCUGUUUUGUUCUUUUUUUUUUUUUGGGUGAUUUGGAAUAAGUAGAAUUGACUGUGGCCAGACGGGGUGCAUCGGAAGAAGCGUUUUGGUUAUUUUUCUGCUUUAGUCGAGGAGGUGUCCCACGAUAAACUGUGGCAAUUGAUUUCUCGAAAAGUAGUAAUGGAAAAAUGUUGAUUACGGAAUUAUAGUUAGAUUAUAAUCACAAAUAAGGCUUAACUAAACGAUUAUAUAACCGAAUCACGAGAUUCGUUUACGUACGAGUCUUUGUGAGGCAUUUGAUUUGACUAUCCUGCCAUUUAGAAACUGUUACUACAUUUAUAUUGCCAUCCCGCAACCGGGUGAACGACUGAGCGUUUCGUACUCAUUAGAACCCUACCAGGUAACGAAUAAUAAGUGUGCAAAUAUGCAUACACUGAAAAAUGUAAAAUGACUACAAAUGCUGGUGGUUAUGUGCUCAUAAAUUCCCCUCAUAUUACUAAAGUAGAAGACAAAGAUAGUCUGGGAUCGUAGAAUGGAAACUUCAUAGUUGGCUUGAUCUACUUAUGAUUCUCGCUGUCCUCAUUAUAUUACGACGGCGGUCCGAUAAGUAUUUAGGCUCCAAAAAAACGUUUAGGAAAAGUGGCUAUUUUUUAUUUUUAACAUUUUUUUUUUAACUCGAUACACUUGAUCCAGCGAACUUUACCGUUUUCUGGAGGUGUGCAAAGUAGGCCUCCGUGGCGGCGAGAACUUUCUUAUUCGACUAAAAUUUCUAUCUGGCGUAGUUAGAAGGAAAAGUGGAUAUCAUCAAACGAAUUAACUUUUCAAGGUUAGAAACAAAAAGAAGGCACACGGGGCCAAAUAUGGAGAAAACGAUGCAGCAGUUCCUAAAGUAAUUCGACUAUUGGGGCCGUUUUUUUUCAAUUCGACGUCGAAUCAGCCCAAUAUUUCGGCCAGACACAACUGGGUGAUGAAUUUACCCUUGUUUAGGUAGUCGAUGUAAAUUACACCUUGAAAAUCCCAACGGUGGCUAUCACCUUUCUGGCUCUUAGGACAGUCUUCGCCUUUUUUGGACCACGUUCGUUUGAUGAAAUCCACUAUUCCUUAGUCUCUGGUGUUUAUUAGUAACUUCAUGUUUCAUCGACAGCCACGAACCUACUUAACAACCGGUUUCGGAUUGCUCUUCAGUGUUGCCAGAUGUAAAUUUAACUUGACAGUAGAACUGGAGAAAAAUACAGUAGGUUUAUUUAUUGGAACAGUAGAUUUUUAUUAAAAUGAAAUUUUCUAAAAAACACAAGAAAUGUACAAACAUUAUCGCUCAUUAUGUAGAGCAACUUUUGUUAUUUUAAAUUUUUAUGGAACAUUGAAAGUCAGAGACCGGAUUUUUAUUUGGGGCUUUAUUAUCUAGUAUUAAUGCAUACAGUAAACAUAUGAUUUAAUUCUUUAAUAAAAACCUAAUAUGUUUAUGCUAAUUAUUACAAAUUUGUAGGGUCAGAUAUAGAGCAAAAAAAACUAAAUUAUUCAUAAUUUGAUAAUUUUAUUUAAUAUCUGGUGGCAUAUCCUUUAUUCUUAAUACCUUCUAGACAUCGUUUUUUCAAAGAAUGUAAAAGUUUAUUAAUAUAAUCUUGAGAUACAGAGUUUCACUGGUUUUGGACUUCUUCAUACAGUUCGGUCAAGUUCGAGGGUUUUGUCUUAUGUAUGGCCCUGUCAAUUUUAUCCCACAUGUUCUCUAUCGGGUUAAGAUCGGGACUCUGUGCUGGCCAAAGCAUUACGGAGAUGUUAUUUGCAACAAAGCAAUCUUUUAUUAAUUUGGAGGUGUGUUUUGGGUUAUUAUUAUGAAAGGUCCAUUUUAAACUCAUGUUAUCCUCGGCAAAUAGAAGCGUGUGGUCUUAUAGAAUGCCACAAUAUACAAAACGGUCCAUUAUCCCCUCUAUUUUCACUAAUGGACCCGUAUCAAACCCCGAAAAACACCCCCAAACUAUAAUUCCACCACCUCCGUGAUCUACUGUAGCUCUUGUAUAUUUGGGGUUUGUUGAUUGGUCGCCUCACCUAAGAAAUUCCAUCAGAUUUAAAAAGUUUAAAACCGUUUAUAAAUAAUACUACCGUUAAAAUAGUACCGUUUUACAUUUUUGAAAAGACCAAUUCACAUGUUCUCUAGCAAAGCGAAGUCUAUAUAUAAAGGGCUUUUUAGUGGACUUCCUCUCAUAUAAACCAGCUUCUUUUCGUUUUAUGGUACAUAGAGCCACACACACUUCAGAAAUUUCUUCUUUUAUACAGGAUGCGCUCAUAAAGGGGUCAUCAGCAGAAAGCAUUUUAAUUUUUCUGUCAAACAAAAUCGACUUUUGUAUUACGCACUAACCGCAAUUUAUUAUCUUGUAUUUCACACUCGUUAACUAAAUUUGGAAAGUGUUGUGCUAAAGGAACUAUACUAAGCGUAGUACCUGCGACUACCUUACUUAAGAGAUUUAUUAUUUCGAGUUUUUUAAAAAUAUCAUUAUUAAAGUCGAAUGUUGAAGUAAACUGAAUGCAACUUUCGACAAAGAAGUCCGCUUCGUAGAAUGUAUUUUUUCUCACUUGUUUAAUUUUAGAAGAAAGUUUACCACCCAAAUAAAUGUCGGAUAAUGGUCAAUAGAUUUCAGGGUUUUUGAAAUUAAUUUUUUUUUGGUGGGUUUGCAGUAAUUAGUUCUGUUUCAAUAAAACAUUCAAAGAAUGGUUUUUAGAUAGCAGAUAAAUCCUCAUUGUUUGUUGUCCCUUGAUUAACCCAACUUUCGCAAUCUCGUUUAUAUUUUUGACUAUAUUUAAGCCUCUUUUUAGGGGUUUUACCGGUAGAAGGACCUUCCUGAUAAAUCCUCGGAGCUGCAAAUGGUAUUUAAACACUCAAAUGUAUGAUAGAAAUGACUUUAAUUACCUGCUCAUUUUGCCCAAAUUGUCACCAAAAACUCUAAAUUUUCACUUAUCGGACAACGCUCGUAUUUAAUUUGUUGAUCCAAGUAAAUUAUAAGGUCGUUAUUAUUAAAUUUAGAUUUCACUUUUAUUUCUCGUCUAACGUAUACAAAAAAAAAACUUGUCUAUAAGUAAAAUAUAAAUUCAUAUUCAUGAAAUAUGACUGAAGAAUGGUGCCUGGCCUGUGCAAUAUUAGGGGCUCAAAAUUAACUCGAUUAAUUUGGUUUUAAUUUUAAAUGGAAAUGUUUCUGAGGAAUAUUGAAUUUUUCUUCUAUAAUGAGAACAUUCCAGAAAUAUUAAAAAAAAAAAUUUCUUAUGGUUUUUGUUGUUCCUGGUAAACCAUAUUUUUUUCAAUACCUACUUUUCGAGAAAUGGAUCACCGCAGUUCACCGUGGGACACCCUAUAUGUAUAAUAAAUAAUAUAAGGGUUAUAUUAAUUGUAAUGAUAGGUUCUGAUAGUAGUGUUUGGGAGUUGCCAAAAUAAAGACAAAUAUACUAAAGAGGCUCAAUUUUUUUUGCUGUUUUAACUAUCAGAACUCUAUGGCAUGCUAUUAUAGACUGUUAAAUCUGUGUAAGUUUGUCUAUGUGUCGCUUCUACUUUUCCCAAGCUCUUAAUGGUACCAUUUUGUACCUAAACUAGUCAAAAAAGUGUAUAUAUAUAUAUUUAUUCUCAAAGAGUGUGUAUCUUUUAGGGAGUGUUAAUUUUGUCUCAAGGCCUGCGACUGAAACGAUUGAAACGGUCCAAGCAUCCGACAUAUCAUAGUUUGCAUUUUAUUAACCGGCGUCGCGCAAAUUGAAAUAUUAUAUAAGUUGAGUAAAGGCCUUAGGAUAAAAUGACAUGUCCCAAAAAAGCAAAUCUCCCAAUAUGCGCUUAAAACUUAUUAUAUUCCUAAUCUAAAAUCAAAAAAUUGUAAAAAAAGAUCAACUGAAUAUCGGUUCCCGCUGGUCGGACCUACCUAUUUUUCGUUUCACAUUAUUAGUAUUAUUUAUUUUGUUUCUUUUCCUUGUUGUGUGGUGUGAAUGAUGUUUAACAAAAAUCACUUCUUAUUGUACUCGUAUUUUAUUGAUGAUUUGGUUGACUAGAUUUCUAAAACUACAUACAGUGAUGCCUUAUAAUAAAUAACUAAAAUGCAUUCGUUAUCUUUUGGCACAAUUUACAAGCAACUAGAAAGCAUUAUUCGAAAUAUUUAUCCAUUAUUUUUAAAUAGACUGAAAAAUAAAACUCCAAGUCAAAGUCUCAUAAAUGCAGCGUCUAUUUGUUACGUUACGCGUUUCGCCUGCGACAUCAUCAGACCUCAUUUAAACACCCUAAGAAACGACUUACGGUAAUACAAAGAUAAAAAUAAAAAUCUACAACAUCAUGUAUCGUUAUUGACUGAAAUAAUAUAUUUUGAUGUCUGCAACGAUGCCCGAUGUAGAUUUUUACCUUUGUAUUACCGUAAGUGGUUUCUUAGUAUGUGUCAUUGUUUUGAAUUGAGGUCUGAAGAUGCCGAUGUAGAAUAAGGUGAAACGCGUAAUCCAGCAAAUAGACGCUGCAUUUAUGAGACUUUGACUCAAAGUUUUAUUUUUUCUUUGUUAGAAAACCCAAUGAAAAAAAAGUUAUUGCUUAACAGCCAUCAGGGGACAUUUCAAUUUUGAUGUGGUUACGUUUCAUUGCAUUUAAUCAUCGUAUAUCGGCAAACAUUUAGCAACAACGACCCUAAUCAUAGUCUUUGGAAAAAAUAUAAGAUUAUCGGAACAUCCUGUAUAUUUAGGUCAAGUGGAAGUAUAUAGAGGGUGACCCAUAAGAAAAUUCAUUUUUGACAAGGUUAUGAAGAAGUAACGACAAUGUUUUGAUUAAAUGAUCGAUACGUAUAUAGCGAAUACAUGAGAGUUUAUGUUCUAAAAAUUAAAUCGUCCAAAUGCUGUUCUUUGCGAUGACAGCACUCCUCCAAUCGUACAUGGAAAUUUUGGAAUACGUUGGUCAGAAUUUCUUUGGACAUUAUUUGAAUUUCCUGUGUGACGUAUAGUUUCAGGAUUAUUACAAUAAAAUUUACUCUUAAGAUAUCCAUUCUACUGGGUCAUGAAAUAUAGUUAUUAGUUGAAUAACGAGAAAUGAGUUUUGCAGGAAACAUUUCUCUUAUCACUUCAAUACUCAUUUUAGAAGUAUGAAAAGGUGGCUCCAUCCUGCUGAAACCAGGUAUCUCGGUUACAAUCGCGUAAGUUUAACAAAUAUGUUGCAAAACAUGUUUAAACUUUCUGUGUAGCGUUCAGAAUUUACAGUAAUGGGUCGGCCUCGAUUAUCUUUAAAGAAGAGAGAAAGGUUCAAUAAUUACCCACAUGGCAAUUGCAGCCCAAACAAUAACGUUCGGCGAAUGAAGUGGUUUUCGAUGUUUUAGUCGUGAAAAAGAGAAAAGGAUAUUAAGUUUCUAUAUUCGAUUAUAACGUUUCUAAAAGUAGCCAAUAUUAAGCUUGCAAAAUCAAUCUUGCAAUGCAAAGCAAUCUUGCUUCCAGGUCCGAAGCUUUUAAUUCUUGAACUAGCUAGAUCUUGUAUGGGUGUAGUAGUUUCAAUAUGUAAACCUAUCACGAUUUUGAUGUUUUUUUUUUAAUGUUUUCAGUAGUAACAGCCACAUUUGUACGAUCAGACUGUCAUUCAGCAUCACUUGUCUCCAACAAAUUAUUGUUUUCGAUGGAGCAGAGUUAACAAUUUUUAAACCAUUAGCUGAGCUUGAACGGUAUUUUUUCAAUACUUAAAACUCAGUUUUUUCAACAGAAAAGUAGUGUCACUUAAACCGCUGUAUCUCAGAAACUACUAGUCGAACUGUCAUGAAAUUUGUAUUGUUUGAAGGUUAGUAGGUACUGUUUGAAAAUCAUAUGGAUUUGUCAGUUGUGACGCAAUCAGACUGAUUGAUCAACCCACUAGACAACAUCUAGGCCAGUAGAUUUCCAAAACCUGAUCUAUGUCUUUUGCUUGUCAGAACAUUUUGAGUCUUAAGGUUUAGGAACAUUCUUCCAGAACUUGAAUGUUACUUGCUCAGACGAUGAUAGACAGGGAAGACAAAGAAGAGAAGAAUGUGUAUAAGGCGAUAUUUUCUACCUGUAGCAUAAGUUUUCUUUUAUUUGUUUUUAAAUUCGUCUUGUAGAGUAAUUAUUAUUCUCUUCGCCUACAAACACAAAUUGUUCAAAUGAGAGCAACUUCCAAGAUUCCAAACCUGCCAAAGAUCGAAACAAAAACUGUAGAUUUCCAGUUUUUGUUCCAUGUCUUUUGCUCCUGAAUAUAUUUUGUCCAAGUAAUAAAGGACAUUUUGGUUUUAAAACUGGUUUAAAUUUUAAUCAUAUAUUUGACUAUUUUCUCUUUGUUCCCAUUAAGUCUGUCUGCCUUUUUCAGUGGAUCAAAUAUAAUUAGUUUUCUUUUGCCUACUUUUUAUCAAGGACCCAGAGAGAGCACGCUAAGCUACCAAAAGACAAAGAAGUACAAGAUAACAAAAGAUAGGCCAUCUUUCUCUGUUCAAUAAGGUAUCAUAAUUUAAAGAAAAAUUACAUAAUUAUCCUUGGGACACUUGUUUUCCUAAUACCAUAACUUAACUCUAUAUUACUUCAUGGAAACAUACACUUGGGCCUAUUUUUCUGAAUGAUUUUGUAGCCUAAUUCUGAUUCCAAAAUAUAAACUACAUCUUUUGCCUCUGAGUAUAUUAUUUCCAUGUUAUAAGAGCUGAAUAUCGUCGAUUUGGGAGUAUAUUUUUAUAACUUGUAACAAAUUUUAGUUAUAGGUUUUGUUUCAAAUUUUUGGUUAGUGGGUUGCUCAGAUCACAAUAGAUAUCCAGGAAGGCAUGAGAAAAAAAGUCUGGAUGUGGCAAAUUUUGUCAUUUGGCAUUCCAAUUUGGAAUUAGGAGGUUCAGUCACUUCUUAUAAGGCAAAAAAGAUCUCAGGAUAUGACUGGAAAAUUUACAACUUGGUCAACAAAUAGUAUUUUAAGCUAUUGACUAUUUUGUCUUCUUAAUUAAAACUGAAUAAAAGGAGUAUUGAGACCAAGAAUUAUAUUUUCUAAAAUUUUCACGUACGAAAAGAAAAAUAAAAACUAAAUAUAAGGAACUGCCUAAACCAUGAAGACAUUCUAUAUAUUACGAGUGCCAUAAGUCUAGAUCACUAAAUAUUACUUUAAAGAGAUCGAAAUCUAAUCUAUACAUGAGACCACUAUGAAUAAUCCUUUUUCAUAAUCAUUUUUUUAAAAAAUAAUUGCACUAUAUAUCUGGUGAAGCUGUAAGUAGCUUUGGAAAAUCGACGUCAAUUUUAUAUAUAUUAUGAAUGAAUUAAUUUAUUAUGGAAUUAUUUCCAUAUUGUAUUUGAUAUGCCUAUUUAUCUAGGUUUUGUGUUGCUCAAGAUUUUUUUUUAGAAAGAUCUGUUUAGGUUAUUAGUAUUCAGACCUUAAAGCCAAUUAUUUGAAGCACAAACGUUAUUUCUCAUUUUUAUAGAGUCUGUUCUAUAAGGCUUUCAUGAAAUAUAUUGUUAAUUUUAUUAUUGUUGUUACAGCUUAGUUAAAACUGAUGGACUUUUGAUGGAGCAGUAUUUUUCUCUUUGAAUGAAACUGUUUUAUUAAAAAGAAAAUCUAUUUUUCCUAUUUUGUAUAAAGAUGAAUGUGAGUCCUUUGAUGUCAUAGCUAAAAAAAUAAAUUAAAUAAACGUAAGUAAAUGUUAAUUGUAUCAUAUACUUAGGUAAAUAUAAUUCGAAUUUAAAUGUGCAAAACUUGACUAUCAUCCAACCCUUUAAAAACGUUGGACGUAAAUUAGACCCUUCAUUUCCUUAACAUUUCAUUGAUGGUUGUAUAAUGUGAGUUUUGUUGCCCAAUGCACUUCAAAAUUCCAAUCCAACUAACUUUUUUUUGUAAAUAUUUGAUUAUAAUGUGCCGUUGAAUAUAUUGCGUAACAAAAUCUCUUUCUAUGGAAUAUAAUUAAGCAUAGGAAUAUCCCUGUAACAUAUUUAUUAUUUGUCCCCUAUAUUAGGCGAUACAUUUUGGUAAUGUACGAGUUGACUGGAACUUUUUUAUGUAUAUACUGAUACAAUAAUGAAUAGUUGCACAAAAAAAUUAGACGAACAGCACAAAACACAUACGACAUAAAAUUUUUUUUUGGAAUUUAAUUUUACGGUUAUGGUCGGGAAUGAUAUUCAUUUCCUGUCCAAUUUGAUAAGCUAGCGCACUUAGAGGCAUUUUGCUAUCAAGUUCGGUUCGUUAAAAGCAACUAGUCAAAAUUCUAGUCAAAUUUCGUAAAAUAAAAAGUCAAAUCCCAUCGGUUGAAUAUGCUAGAGACCCUAAAUGGAGCUUGAAUAAAUAUGUAGAUAAAUACGCCUUCCUUUUGGAAUUGAUCAUAGUCGCAGCAAACUAUUCAAGCUUGGUUUUGGUCUAUAAUUAAAGGAAAGACUUAUUACUGAACAAUUUGCAAAAGGUUUUUGAGGUUCGAGUCUUUUUGCUAUUAUUAUUAUUGGUCCACUCUCGCCUUUCCUUAAUGUACAUAGUGUCCGAUUUUGAUUGUACUUGCAGGAUAUCUUCAUUACUAUCAAUACCUUGCAAUUACAACCAAAAAAGAGGACACAGUGUACAACGUAUUUCAGAAGAGUAAGUUUUCGAAUAAAAUAUCAGAAUAUUUAGAUCAAACUCUCCAGUCUUAAAAGGACUAUACAACUUCUUCUCUGAAACCCUUUGUAUAUCUCCCUCCUACCGACGUUUCGUGACCCUCAAUGUUAUAUCUAAACGUGUAGGUAAUAGUUAGGUGUAUAAAUAGCAGCUUCUAUGUUUUCAACACUGACUUACCUUGACAAGCCGUAUACCAAGUAUCUCAAAAAACAUACAUUAAUACACUUAGGGCGAAGCUAAAUUAGACAGGUACUUAUAAAGUGUGUCCAAAAAGUGAUUAAACGGGCAAUGUUUUAGGCAAUUAAUACUUUUGUUUUAUUGGGUAUUUUGAAAAAGGAAGUAUUUUCUCUAGCUUUCCUGUAAUAACCUUAGUAUUUUGAAUUCAUAGUUUAACCCUCCUAUUUUUUAUUCUUAAAGAAAUUUUGAGUAUACCGGUCUGGCUGACUCAGGACUUGAGUGCGAAACUUGCUCCUGUAUUAACUAUAGAGGCCUAUCCAAACUGGACGUAGAGUUGAUGGUUUCAAAAAAACCCCAAACUCGCUCACCUAACCGUUUUUCUCUCAAUUUUGGACACACUGUAUUAUUAAACGCACAUGGCAAGAAGUCAAAUUUAAUUUAGUUUUUAUUACAAAAAUUAUUCAUCUAGGUCAAGGCAAGUCAUUGAGCAACGUUUCCGUGGCUCCCUUUUCCCCCCAAUGUGAUACGACCUCAUCCGUCAUAGGUGUCAUACUAUUCUAACUAUAACGUAGUAAUAAAAUUGUAUUUAUGGGUAAUGUUGGUAUCACUUCUUAUCUAUCGCAACUAUGCCUUCUUUAAAUAAAAAAAAAAAGUACCAAAUAAUAGACUUUAUUUAAUAAACACACUGUACUGGUAAUUUUUAAGUCAUCUGUCCACAGAACAGGCUCUGUACGUGACGGAAUUGUAUUAUAAAACAUUUCUCUUAAAAGAGACUUCGUACGUAGAAUCUUCUCAAAUUCCGUGACUAGAGCGGUGUUCCUUAAGUCAUGAUUUCCGCUUUAUGACUAAAAAUAAUGAGCUUAAACAAAUAAGAGAUGAUGGAUCUGUCUGUAACCUGAAUAAUAAUGAUUAUUGUAAAUGUUAUUAUUUUACGGAAAUAAAUAAAAUAAAUAUUA